AUGUCACGUUAUGCUGAACACGAUGACUGGAGAGGUGAGUGCUUGGAAGCUAGUGCAAGAAAGUCAAGCACCCUAUAUGAUCGCCACGAGAUUAAAUAUAGGCCUUACACAAAGGUAUUUAUCGGCUGUCAGAUCGACGACCCAGCUAUCCGGGACCGCAUCUUCAAGCUUCAGCAGCGGCUAAUUCAGGGCACACCUUCAGCGAGGCGCUUUCUGCAACCUCUAUGUCAACUGCAUUUGACAGUGUGCACUGCCCGGAUAGACGAGAAUCAACGAGCAAAGAUUUCCUCGUCGGUCAUGAACGAGGCCGCGCGGACAUGCAUUCCGGAUAUUUUGUUCUGUCCAGACGCCAGCCUACGUUUGCGGGGCCUCGGCCAAUUCGAUGAUCAUCGUGUGAUAUAUGUAAAGGUGGAUCCGUUAAACUUUGAUCUUUAUAAACUGAAUCGCAGCUUUGCUGAGCUUUUCGGGAAAACUUCGUAUUCUCUGUCUGAAUAUGACAGUUACACACCUCACAUAACAAUUUUUCAGAUACGAGGCAGGCUUGACGAUCGCCGAUGCAUUCGCCAAACGUAUAAGCAGCUGAGUGAGGAAGACAUUGACUUCGGUGUUCAGCGCAUCAAAAACAUCCAGCUGCUGGAUAUAUUAUUGCCAAAGAAUGACUGCGAGUAA